UAACACUUUGAAUACAAGGUUUUUACUGAAACAUUUUGUCCAACUGUUAUUUGGUUAUAAGUUAUAUAGAAUUGUUAAAGAUCAAGGUCUACAUCAAAUUUAAUUUAUAAAGGCGUUUUUAAUUUGUUGUAAAUCGUAGUUGGGAUGUGCGUCUCUGUCGUCAUCAAGCGGCGCCAUGUUAGAAGUUAUCAUCUUGGAGCAGAAUGAGGAGAAAAGUGAAUAAAGUGUUGAAAUAGCGAGUAUAUUGAGGCAGCUGAUGACGGUUUCUGCUCGGCUGCAGCUCUCCACACAGAAUGAGUCGUGAUGAGGAGACCAAAGCUAGUUGGAGUUUUGCUCUUCGUGGGCUGCCUGCUCGCCUACCUGCUGGUGGUGAGGCGCCACUGCUUCGCUCCAGAGCCUUACGUCUACCAACUGCCUCCUCACCGCCAACCCGGCUCAGACCAGAGCGCAGAUGGUGACAGGCUGGUAGAUGCCUCUGCUGCUGGACCGAGCUUCCAGUAUGGCAUCAUGUUCGAUGCUGGGAGCACUGGGACCAGAAUCCACAUCUUCAAGUUCCAAUUAGAGAACAAAGGAGCUCCCAGACUGGUCCACGAGACCUUCAGGGCCAUCAAACCUGGACUGUCUGCUUACGCCGAUGAUCCAGAGAAGUGUAUAUCAGGGGUCAUGGAGCUGUUGGAGGUGGCAAAGUCCAGCAUCCCUCCCUCCAUGUGGAGCAUGACCCCUGUGGUCCUGAAGGCCACAGCCGGCCUCCGACUACUGCCUGGAGAGAAGGCCAACCACCUGCUGGACAGGGUGAGGGCAGUGUUUCUGGGGUCUCCCUUUCUGUCCCAAAACGACAGCGUGUCCAUCAUGGACGGCACUGAUGAAGGUAUAUCUGGUUGGAUCACUGUCAACUUCCUCACUGGUGGGCUUCACAGUGCUGGCUCACCCACGGUGGGGAUGCUGGAUUUGGGUGGAGGGUCGACUCAGAUCACGUUCAGUCCUCAGGAUGAGAAAACCAUCCAGACCUCACCCAUUGACUACAUCCGCUCCUUCCAGAUGUUCAACCGCACACACACUGUCUACACUCACAGUUAUCUGGGUCUGGGUCUGAUGUCAGCUCGACUCGCCGUCUUAGGAGGCGUCGACGCUUCGCCCUUAGGGGGCAGCACUGAGCUGGUCAGUCCCUGCCUCACUCCACAGUACUCAGGCAGGUGGGAGUAUGCUGACACCGUGUACACCGUGAAGGGACAGAAGGCAGGGGAGCCAGUUUACGAGGCCUGCCUGACCAAGGUGGAGAAGGUUCUAUACAGGAAGGUGACAAAGGCGUCCGAGGCAGCGGACAUGGACUUCUAUGCCUUCUCCUACUACUAUGACCGAGCCGUCGACCUCGGAGUCAUAGAGGAGAAAAGCGGAGGAACCAUCAAAGUGGCUGAUUACAUCGACGCAGCAAAAAGAGUUUGCAGUGACCUGUCCGUCAGUCCUCUGCAGAAUCCGUUCCUCUGUCUGGACCUAGUCUACAUCUCCGUCCUGCUGCAGGAGCUCGGCUUCCCCCCCCACAAACAGUUCAAGCUGACGAGGACGAUCAACCAGGUGGAAACCAGUUGGGCUCUGGGAGCAACUUUCCAUUACAUUGAGUCCUUGAAGAGACACUGAAGCCAGACCUGCUGCAGUUUUUAUUCUGGAAAGGUCAUGAAUGUUCUGCAAUUCGAAGGGACUCAUGGGCCGUCCGUCGUCUUCACCUGGCACCGCCGCCCAAUAGCAGGUGGGCUCAGCGGCGCCUAUCAGGCGUCACCCUGACCUGAUCUGAACCCAGAUACGUUGGUUCAUACUGAAGCUUCAAAGGACAAGUUGAGGUUUGUCUUGUUUUUCUGAACAAAGCAAGCUGGUGCAGACACUCCACACACAAACACUCGCAGGAACCAGAACCGACAGCUGAACCUUCAGGAGCCCUAAUCUCCUGGAAUAUUUAAACACUAGCAUCACUAUUUAACCUUGUUUUAUAUAUUUUCAGUGUUGGGAUUAAAUCGGUGUUUUAUGUGAAUUUUAUGAAGGUUGGUUAUAGAAAGCUUUGGCUUUGGGUUGGAUUCUGUUAACUAUUUAAAUUGUUUUUCUUCAGAUGUUGCUCUGAAACAUCCAGAGAGACAGGCUUUCUAACUUUUUUUUUUUUUUUACAGUUUAUUUAUCCAGCUGUUUAAUAAGUUUUAAUUUUCCCUGAGACAGUCACAUUUGAAAGAUAUCAGUCUAUAAAAUAUUGUCAUCAGCCUAAAAAGAAACGUGGCCUGGUCUGCACCCAGCUGUCACGUCGACAUCAGUGGUAUAAACAUGUCACUAUACCUGAGAUCUGGUGCAUGAUAACAGCCUACUGAGCCAACUAGGAGGUGGAGGAGGCAGUGGUGGAACUAACUUGACUUAGCUAAAAGUAUUAUCAAGAUCUCAAAGUAUCAGAAGGAAAGUGCCAAUAUGAAGUCCUGCAAACAAACUACAGAUGUAAAUGUACUUAAGAGUACUGAUAAGUGAUCGAUGUAUUUCAUGAUUGUUGAUGUGAAGCAGCAUUUAAAUGUUGGAGCUGGUGGAGGUUUCAGUACUUGACUACAGGUAAAUGUGAGGGCUGAGAUAGUUGAUGGGACACAAAAGAGUUUUUAUUUUUGUACUUCUCUGUUUUCUCAAACUUUUGCUUAGAUCUUGUUUUCUGUGUUAGAUUUCAUAUGAACCAGGUUUCCAGUGAAACCAGUACACCCCGACACUGGGUUCAUGUCUCUGACCUCAUGCAAGUCUGAUCAUUUGUACUGUGAAGGAGCUCCUGUUGUGCCAGUUGUGGGGCAGCUCUCUGUAUGUGCACGGUACAGUCUGCAGUUAACAGGUGUGAAUGUGAACUCCUGUAAACGUAGCGCAGCUAAAGACCAAUUCACUGAGUCUGAAAAGACCCUCUGAGACUUGCACCUCAACAUCAGGCUGGAUGCAAACUGCCUGGCAGACAGAAAGGUGUAAAAUCUGGCUUUAUGAUUAUUUUACACCAAGAUGUUUUGUUCAUACCAGAGAAAUUCUAUACUCACCUGUUUCAUGGUGUUUGUGAAUGUAAGGGGAGAAUGCAGCAAUAAAACAUGUAAAACUACUA